AAGACCAUUUAUAACGCUACUGUAAAUAAUUAGGUUUUUAUUUCCGAUUUCUUCCACAGAUUUUGUGGGAGAAAAUUCUUAUUUAUUUGGGUUUCCUAUUCGCCUCUAAAUUUACUGUGUUAUUUAUAAUUAGUUAAAAUGGUGGUUACUGCGGAUGUUCAUCUGCCUGAGGAGUCCGAAUUGACCGUGCCUGAGGUCAAUCUUUCCCAGGCAACUUUAAUUGCAGGAUCUUUCCACUUAGGAAAGUAUUGCGAGGCUGCUAAUAAUGAGUUUAUGUUAUGUAGAUUCGAGGAGAACGACCCUCGGAAAUGUAUCAACGAGGGUAAAGCCGUGACGGCCUGUACAAUGGAGUUCUUUCGGAAAGUAAAGAACUCUUGCUUCCGUGAGUUCAACCAGUACGCUCAAUGUGUUGACAAGAGCUCCGGGGACUAUGGUUUGCAGCACUGCCGCAAGACACAGAACGUGUACGAUACGUGCAUGCUCGACAAGCUGAACCUGCCACGGCCAGACUUCGGGUACUUCACUGAGGCUCGAGUGCACGAUACUAAGAGACCAAAACCCCUCCCGGAACCCAAGGCCGUGUAUCCAGACGCGACUCCCGCCCUUCCCGAGAACGCGGAGAAGAAACCGGCAAGAUUCGGCUCUCGUCUGUACUGGAUGACGGAAUAAACGCCCGCACGGGUGCGAGCGAGACGGGUGAUGCGACACAGUUCCGCUUAAAAUUUGUUUUGUUUUUCGUAAUUUAAAUUCAGAGAUACACCAUACCGGUUCCUAUGCUAAAAAAAAUCUGAAGGCUUUCCAAUUUCAAAAAUUGAUUUUUUUGUUGCUUUCAAUAAUAAGCUAAGAAAAACAUUGCUUACUAAAUGGGAAAAUAGAAUUUGUUACACAAUUAUGUACAUGAAUGUUAUGUAUUUAUAAUUUCUAAGCGAUAAAUGUAGCAUCAUCCAAAAUAUUUAAAAAUCAUGUAAAGUAACAAAUUAGUUUUCUUAAAAACAUUUUUAUUUAUCAAUUUUAACGGCCGAGCGUCAUUUUUAUAAAAGCUUUUAACAAUUUUUUGUAUCCUAAUUUGUUACUUUGUACAUCAAACAAAUAGUUAUUUAAAUGAUUUGUAGAAUAAUAAAUAUGUUGGAUUUA